AUGUCGGACAGCAAAACAUGGACUCCCCACUGCUCUAUCGAGCAAGCUGAUAGGAUACUGACAGGAACAGGAAGCCUGCUCGAAAUUGAAACUCGUAUCAUCGACGGGAGGGACCUGAAGGUCUGGAAGAACCUCUGGCCAUCCCUGCGACUAUUCUUUUUACAUUCGACUGGGAAGCACGCUGACAAAACCUACGUAGUAUACGAGGGAGAACGUCACACCUUCAGGGAGAUACUGGACAAGGCAGUAAAAUGUGCGGCCAUCUUCAGAGAUGUUUACGGCGUUAAGAAAGGUGACCGAAUAACGAUCUGCUCUCGAAAUUGUCCAAACUACUUGGUUGUAUUUUGGGCUUGCCACCUUCUGGGUGCUGUCACCGCUCUUGUGAACAUAUUAAUGCCAUUGGAACCGCUCCGACACUGUAUUACGCUCACAAAGUGCACACUGAUCGUCCUCGACCCCGAGCGAGCCGAACGAAUUGGUGCCGAGCUUAAGCUUGCAUCAGGAUAUCUCGUACUCGAGGAUCACGAGGGUAAGGGUCACUGGGAAAGUAUGGACGUUUGGGGUACAGUCUUCUCCGGAUACAACAAAGAUCCCGGAAAUGUGCUCAGUGACGAUCUUCAAAUCUCACCGGAAGAUGAUGCGAUAAUUACUUUCACGUCGGGGACCACUGGCUUACCAAAGGGUGUCUUGAGCUCGCAACGUGCACUGUUGACUCCCCUUUUCAAUGCGGUUUUGUUGAUAGGGAGAGACUGUCUUCGACGAGGGGAGCCGUUCCCUCCGACACCUAGCGCAGGUCCUCAGGAAGGUUUGUUGAUUCCAAGAAUGCUAUCGCAGACCCCUUCAAUUCUCUCGACUAUGGUGGGCACUCUUCAAGGAUAUAAGGUUGUUCUAACACGCGCAUGGAACACGCCUGCGGAACUCUGUAAAACGGAAAAUAUCACUCAAUUGAGCGGCAUGACCUCAGUCAUUAGAGAGCUCGCUGAGAGCACGAUAUCUAGAAUGUCGAUAAAACGCAUCAUAUAUGGAGGUUCACCCGCUGCAGCGUCUCACCUUCAGAUGUUUAAACAGGCCUUUCCCCUCGCCACCAUAUUCCAAACAUAUGGUCUAACGGAGACGAAUGCUACCACAAUAGGCUUCGGUGGACCGGAUUACGACGCUCGGCCAGAUAGCUGGCGAGUCCGAGUCCGUUCUGUUCCAUUUCUCUUGUAUCUAAGCUGUUUCGACUGCAGCGGCUUAGUGUUCCCUGUCGGUGAGAUUCUGAUAAUGAAAGAUGGCGUCAAAGUUCCGGCUGGAGCAGUAGGAGAGAUUUGGCUUCGUGGUCCGAAUGUGAUGAAAGGGUAUUAUGGUGAUAAAGCUGCUACUGAUCAGGUCAUGACUCAAGAUGGAUGGCUGAUGACUGGUGAUCUGGGACGAAUAGACGAAGACGGUUAUGUGUAUAUCACGGACAGGAUCAAAGAUAUCAUCAUUAGGGAUGGUUAUAACGUAGAUUCCGUUUGCGUCGAGAACGCCCUGUACACCGAACCGGGUGUAUUGGAAACGGCGGUGGUUGGCGUACCUGACGAGCAUGUGGGGGAGUUGCCUGUAGCGUUGGUUACCCUCAAGCCUGGGUAUGAUGGAUUAAUCAAUGAGGAGAAGCUUAUGGUGACUGCCAAGAAACUGUGA